AUGUUAAAAGAACAAGACCCAAUGAUUGAAUUAUUACGGAAAUGGAUUAUUUCCUCCAUGGAUGAAUCAAUUGAAUUACGUGUGUCUGUACUCAAAGUCUUUCGUUUCAUGAGUGACCUCAUUUCAGAGCAUAUCGAGAAUUCCCAACAGAGUCGUCUUCACAAAUUCCUGCCGAAAAGCACGAAACUUUUCUUACCAUUAGAUUUGAUUCGUGCUGCAUUUGACUACGACAUGAAGACACAUUUUCUUGCACGGAAACGGGUGCCACCAACAUUUCAAGAAGUGCGUCAUAUUUUGAAUUUGGCAACGACAAAUGCCAUUGCUGGAAAAUUAAAACUUGUCACAUUUGACGCGGACGACACGAUUUAUGAAGAUGGUGGCACGGUUAGUAAAAGCUCGAAAAUGGUGCACAUUGUAGUGGAAUUGUUACGACGAGGUGUGGUCGUGUCUCUUGUGACGGCUGCGGGGUAUCCGGGUAAUCCGGAACGCUAUGAACAACGUCUUUGUGGGAUUUUGGACGCUCUUGCGGAAUUGACAAGUGAAGAACGGGCAAGAUUUCUUGUCAUGGGAGGAGAGUGCAAUUACCUUUUUGAGACUUAUACGCACAAGAGUUCAGGUGUGGUGGGACUGCGGGAGAUUGACGGGGCAGUGUGGAAGGACGGACGAGGUGAACGUUGGCCUGAAGAAGAAGUGACGGCAUUGUUGGAUGCAGCAGAGGUGGUGUUGCAAGACACGGUCAAAGCACUGCAUUUGUCGACGAGGAUAUUGAGGAAAGAGCGAGCGAUUGGUAUCAUUAACACGUCCGACAAGAGGAUUCGGUACGAGAACCUCGAAGAGAUUAGUCUUACGCUGCAGCACGAGCUGCGUGACUUUCGAGUGCCAUUCUGCGCUUUUAAUGGCGGUAACGAUGUGUGGGUGGACAUUGGACACAAAGCGUUGGGGAUCCAGGCACUGCAAAAGUACGUCUUUCGUUUUCUGCCCAAGGAACUACGUGAUAGUGACGAGUUGCGCAAUAUUCAAGGCCAAGAGUGUCUCCAUGUAGGCGAUCGCUUUACGAGAACAGGUAAUGACACCCGCUCUCGAGACGCUGCAACGACGAUUUGGAUCUCGAAUCCUCAGGAGACUGUGCAUAUCAUGAAGAUUCUGUUGCGGACGAUUGACAUUGCACGUGAACAGAAGGAGACAAAAGAGGAGAGACAAAAGGAAAAAAAGAAGAGAAAGAAGAAGAGGAAGGCGAAUGUCAAAACGUUAGAACCGACUUCAGCUACCACGGCACUUAGCGACAAUGGCAGUAGCAUCACAUUUGACGCUUUGGGAAUAAACGUCUUGAGCGAUGGCGAAAGCAGUGGAAGCAGUGACGAGCGGGAGACCACAGUCAAGGCAGCGAUUCAGGCUGCUACAACGGCAUCGCUGGCCGAGUGA